CUUUGGCACCUAUUCCGGUAGUCGCGCCCAAAAACUAUUCAAAACCCAAAAUAGCUAUGUAUCUUCGAAACAGUGCUGGCAACCUGACAGAGCUGUAUGACGAAUACGGUCAUAAUUGGUACAAGACCAAGCUACAAACAAAUAUAACAAUUGAUAGAGGCUCCCAACUUGCAGCGUUAUCUCGGCUUGAUGAUGGCUUGCUUAAAAUACAGGUCUUGGCUUCCAAGUCGGAUGGGGGCGUAAAAAUGGCUUUUCUUAACGGUACUCUUUGGAACGAACUUGAUUCUGUCAACGGAAUGGAGAGCGUACUGCCACUUUCUCCAAUCGCUGCUACCCAGGCUGGCUAUGUUUAUACGCUCGGAGAGGGACACCAAGUUGUAGAGUGGGUUCGGAACAACAGCUCUCCCCCUACAUUCUUGCGUCUAGGGACUAUCAACACAACCAAUGUUUGA